GUACUAUACUCUUUCCUGAUUUUAUUGUGGAAUCCAUUUUAGCGUGGGAGCAGCUGAAGAACUCCUUGGAUUGUAGAUCUUCCUAAGUUCGAAGUAAAAUCCCAGCCUAAAAUGAGUUCAGACGAGGGAACAAGUGUGGAUGCGCCGAUGCCUGGUGCCGGAGCAGCUGGAAAAUCUCAGCUAACCAGCAAGCUGUUGGCAGACCCUGGUCUUAUGCAAGCAUUUGGUAGCGAACUUCAAUCGCUUGUGGGUGCCCAGUCAUCGUACAUUGAUAGUAUGCCAGCUGUAAUGAAAGGCCGCAUCCGCGCUCUGAAGAACCUGCAAGCAGACCACUUCAAGCUGGAGGCUAAGUUCUAUGAGGAGGUGCAGGCGCUGGAGCGAAAGUACAGUGAGCUACGCCGCCCUAAUGACGUAAAGCGUCGUGAUAUUGUCACCGGCACAUAUGAGCCCACUGAGGAGGAGGCAGAGCUUGACUUUGAGCAGGACGAGGAUGACGAGGACGAAAUGGACGAUGAGGAAGAGUCAUCCGGAGCAAAGAUCAUGGAUGUGGAUGAAUUUGGUGAGCCAAUCGAAGACGAAUCAGCUGCAGACAAAGUCAAAUACGAUGAAAACACUGCGGGUAUCCCCGAGUUCUGGCUGACAGCAUUGAAGCACAUUGAUGUCACUGCAGACAUGAUCGAGGAGACAGAUGAACCACUGCUGCGCUGUCUGACAGAUAUCGAGCUCAAGCAUCACGAGGAGCCAUUGGGAUUUGAUCUCAUCUUUCACUUCUCUGAGAACAAGUACUUUACAAAUGAGUGUCUUGUGAAGCACUAUGAGAUGAAGAUAGAGUAUGAUGAAGAGGAUCCGUUCAGCUUUGACGGCCCACAGAUCAUAGGCGUGUCUGGCUGUGAAAUCAACUGGCAGAAGGGAAACAACCUGACCGUCAAGACAGUCAAGAAGAAGCAGAAGGGCAAGGGUAAGGGACAGCCUGGCAAGACGGUAACCAAGCAAGUGCCCGCGGAGACCUUCUUUUCAUUCUUCUCGCCUCCUGAGCUCCCGGAGGAAGAUGAAGACGAAACGGAGCUCACCGAAGAGCAACAAGAGGCCGUCAAGACAGUGGCCAGCGACUAUGAAGCAGCGAGUUUCAUCCGCGAUAACCUGAUUCCCAAGGCGGUGUUGUUCUUCACCGGUGAGGCCGAUGGCAAUGGCGAGGGAAUGGACAUGGAUGGAAUGUUCCCUGGCUUUGGUGGCAUGGACGAUGAAGAUGACGAAGAAGGAAUGGCCGCCCGUCUACCUGCAAGAGCUGGCGGAAGGGUCAAUUGCCACUGCUGUCCAUCUGCACGUGCAAACAUGACCGCGAAACGUUGCUGCUGAUAACUACCCAUUGCCAGGUUUCUAUGCAAACGUGUCCAUGAAUCAUUACCGGUAAUGACCACCCAUAGGCACGUUGUCUAUGUUGCUGUUCAUCUGCAGGCCGGUGGUAAUCAGCAAGAGUGUGCUCAGCAGUAAAUGCAGCCCCGUCUUUGCUGCCGCCGCACUGUCAAUAACACCUAGCAUCCAUCAAGCAACCGGCGUUUGAACAUGAAUAACAUACCCAUUAUCUAACAACUUCGUCCCCUCGUGCUGUAUAUUGUGUCGACACAUGACGUGUACAUACUUUUUUUUAUCGUGCUGGAAAAAAUAGAUAUCUGUUGACCGUCACCACCAUCGCUAGCUGGGCAUUGCUGUUUUAUUCUUUAGAUGCCCUUUCUUGAAUUAUUUCUUGCCUUGACGGUACAACCACCACACACAUCUGUUGCAAAUAACGUUCAUAUCAUUUCUGUUUUUGUUAAAAUUUUCUGUUUCAAUUUUUCAAGUUCAUAUUUCAGGUGUCUACGGCACUACAAAACUCAAUGUACAAUGAAAAUAUGUUUCGGUUGAAAGCAAAAA